AUAGAUUUUUCUAGUCGUGACUGAGUAGGAUCGAGACCGAAGACGGAAAUAAAAUCACAAAAAUGCCUAAUCAACAAGCGCGUGAAAGAUCAGAAUUCAGAUGAGCGAGAAGGAAAAACCAAAGGCAGUGGUGGUGGGAGGGAGCAUAGCGGGUGUGGCAUGCGCCCACUCGCUGAUUACGGCUGGUUGGGAAGUUGUUGUGCUUGAGAAAUCGAGCAUCACAUCCACGACUGGGAGCCCGACUGGUGCUGGACUCGGACUCGACCCUCUGGCUCAGCGACUCGUUCAGUCCUGGCUUGGACGACCACACCUUCUCCACAACUCCACCUUGCCCCUCACAGUCGAUCUGAACCAAGCAACUGAUAGCGAGAAGAAGGUCAGCUGGACGCUGGCAAGAGACGAGAAUUUGAAGUUCAGAGCAGCACUGUGGGCUGAUCUCCAUGCCCUUCUUUACAAUUUAUUGCCCUCAAACAUAUUUUUCUGGGGUCACCUUUUCCUUUCCUUUUGUACUUCUCAUGACAAGAAAUCUGUUAAGAUUAAGGCCAAGGUUCUACAGACCGAUGAAAUAAUCGAAAUAGCGGCGAAUUUGCUGGUUGCAGCAGAUGGGUGUCUCUCGUCUAUUCGCCAGCAUUUUCUUCCUGAUUUUAAAUUGAGGUAUUCGGGUUAUUGUGCGUGGAGAGGAGUACUUGAUUUCUCAGGAAAAGAUAAUUCGGAAACCGUAACGGGGAUCCGCAGGGCAUACCCUGAACUGGGGAAAUGCUUGUACUUCGACUUAGGUUCUUGCACUCACGGUGUGCUUUAUGAGCUUCAGAACAGAAGGCUCAAUUGGAUUUGGUAUGUCAACCAAGCCGAGCCCGAACUGCAGAGAAACUCAGUAACCAUGAAAGUAAGCAGUGAGAUGGUCCACAAGAUGCAUCAAGAAGCAGAGAAGGUUUGGGUUCCUGAGUUGGUCGGAGUCAUGAAAGAAACAAAGGACCCCUUCUUAAAUUUCAUAUAUGAUAGUGAUCCCUUGGAACAAAUCUUUUGGGACAAUGUGGUUUUAGUUGGAGACGCGGCUCACCCAACCACUCCUCAUGGCCUGAGAAGCACAAACAUGUCAAUAUUGGAUGCAGCAGUUUUGGGAAAAUGCCUCACUAAGUGGGGAGCAGAAAAUUUACAGUCAGCUCUAAGAGAAUAUCAGUCGAUUCGGCUUCCAGUUGUUUCCAAGCAAGUUCUGCAUGCUAGGCGAAUGGGCCGCAUAAAACAAGGUUUGUUUCUUCCUGAUCGCGAGCCUUUUGAUCCAAAGACUGCUACACCAGAGGAUUGUCAAGAUCUACAACAGCAGAAUAUGCCCUUCUUUAACGAUGUUCCCAUGAUACUAAUGUGAUAUUUUUCUCUGUUUACUUGCCCAAAAGUGGCGUAUUCUCUCUGCCACUAAAAAGAACCGAGGGUUAUUUUCCUUUCAAGUUUUCACUCAUCCUUUGUCAUGUCAGCUUUAGUCAUAGUAAGAUCCUUACAAUAACAGCACUAUUUAUUGACCAAACAGAAAACCCUAUUUUGGAUUAA